AUGGCUCCUUCCUGCUCUCACUGCGCUGAGCCAACUAUGCAACUGGAGAACCUUCUCCUCGGACAAAUCCAUCCCUUUUCUACUUAUGGUCAACACAUUUAUCAAGUGACUUCCAAUCAUUACUGUCCCUCUUCGUAUUUGAUACAAGAAAAUGCUCUUCUGAAGUCAGGGCGAAGUUUCUCGAUGUUUGUUGGGCGUAAGAUGCGAUCACAUCAAGCCAUGACCCCGGAACUUGGUGGGAAGCUUCAACUGAUUAGCAGCUUCGUAGAAAUAGCAGGCUGA